ACACGAACGUGUCUGAUCGAUCGCGGCGUCGGCGCUGCGGCGGCCGUGUGUCUCGGGCAGACGAGAGAUGUCUUCGCAAGAAGAGGAGGCGCCGGGCACCGGGGAUUCGGACACGGACGAGUCCGAGGGGCUGGAGCCGCCCCCGCGGCCGCCGCCGUUCAGCAUCAGCAAGGGGUGGCUGCAAGAGGUGCUUGGGGCGGCGCUCGCCCCCGGCAGGCCCUUCGAGGUGCUCCACUUCGCCGCCAAGUCGGGCAGCGAGCCCCUCGAGGGGCCGCCACCGCCCCCGGGGGCCGUCGGUGACUCGGCCCUCAGCGAGGUGCUGUCGCUGCACGUGCAGUACGCCGCCGGUCCCCGCGGACAGACGCCCGGCGCCGUGCACCUCGUGCUCAAACUGCCUCCCAGGGACCCCGUCAGCAGGUUUUUCGUCUCCGAGGCGCAGUUCGACUUGAGGGAAAUCAAUUUUUACACACAGAUAGUGCCAGACCUGCUAGCUGCUGGCGGCGACACCCUCGAAUCAGACUGGUUGCCUAUCCCGCAUUGCCUGCAUGCCACUUACCGAGCUUCGCCACACCACUCUGUACUCGUUUUGGAGAACCUCAAAGCACAGGGAUACAAAAGCGCCGAUUUUGCUGAAGGACUGUCUUUGGAUCAAGCGAAAGCCGCGCUCGAGGCUUUGGCCCGAAUGCACUCGCUCUCUUUAGUGCUUAAGGUGCGUGAAGGAUCAGAUUUACUGCAACGAUACCCUUUCCUCUUCAAGACUGCGGCAGCCACCGAUUCGUACCAGCAACUCGUGGAAAGAGGGCUGCCACAACUUGCUCGUUUUCUCCAGCGACAAGCGGAUGAACACCCCGGAGAAGAUUUUGCCUGCAUCCUGGAAGCGUUGUCAGCGCUACGUCCGCGGACGCGCAGCGUGAUCGCAUCUUUGCUGGCUCCGCGCGAACCGCUGGCGCUGAUCACGCACACGGACUUCUGGUGCAGUAACCUGCUGUUCCGCACCGAGGAGGGGGUGGCGGAAGGGGCGGAGGGGCGGCCACGUUGCGCCAUCCUCGACUGGCAGAUGGUGGCGUAUUCGCACCCGGCCAACGACCUGGCGCUGCUGCUGGUCAGCUCGCUGGACGCCAGGCUGCGCCGCGCGCAUGCGCACGAGCUGCUCGACUGGUACCUGGCCAGUCUGGAGCGUCUGUGCGCGGCGCUCGGCGUCUCAAUCGACGCGCUGGGCUACACCGCGCACAUGCUCUACGCAGACUUCAAGCGCUCGCAGCUGCUCGCCCUGCUGCUCUGCGUCGGCUCCGUCGACGUCGCGCUCGGAGACACGCGCACCGAGCGCCGCCUCAUGCACGUCCUACGCGACCUCUACGACGAGGGCGUGCUCACCGACGUGGUGGGGGGAGACGAGUAGUGGGGGCACAUGUAGGGGAGGCUUCACACAGGGUCAGGUUUGCUGAAAUGCACUACACGGAAUUUAGCGCACAAUUUUUUUUUCAAAUUUUAUGAAUUAUCAAAAGAAAUAAACUUCUUCAUUAAAUUUGUUCCUCUACGGAAAAGAACACGAAACACUAAAACACUUGGUCUCCAAAUUAUUGUUGUUUGCAAGUGAAAUUCUGAAUUAAGUAAAAUUAGUUUCUUUACAUUUCAUCUGGAAACAGAAAUAUGAGAAAAAUUAUUUAGGUAAAUUAGAAACAAAAUAAAAUUAAUGAUUAAAAUUCUACAAUUUUAUUAACGCCAUCGUUCAUUAUAAUAUAUUGCUGUUUUUAAUUUUCCUUUCUAUGAAGUUUCUUACGUACAAAGCACAAAUCAGCAGAUAAUAAGAAACUAUAUUUAAUUUAAGCACCGUAGUGCAUUUUCUCGCGUUUUGCAACCCCCGGAAGCGUGGAUCCAGGGGAGGAAAGCAGGGUUCGUGAAGAUGCGCGAUAUAGUUGAGUAAACGUAAAAUGCCGGCUGGCUCAUUCAUUUAUGUUCAUUUUUUGCUGUCUGGUAUUAUUGAUACACACAAAUCCUCCCUCCAGUGUUGCUGGGAGGCACGCUUUACGCACACCAUCUAUAUCUGUAGACACGAGGAAAGCAAAAAUGCAGAUCUGGUAGGUGACAAUCCGCGAGAUAUAAAUGAAUAGACGCGUCUUUCUGUUGUCUGUCUUUUUGACUAACUCUCGCUUUUACCGCUUCAAUCAGAGAUGAAUCCCCUUUUAGAGAGACGUAGUUGGGUGUGCUGCUUGAUUUAUCUUGACGAGAAAGGUAGCUCUAGGUGAAUACCCUCUUAUACGAAGAAGCUCUGUCUUCCCGAUCUCAAUUUAUGUGUCAAACGAAUUUUUCACCAGUCCCUUCGUAAAUUACACUUUCAAUUUAGAUGUCUAGUUUCCAGAUUAAAGGAUAUUGGUGUCGAAAAUAUUAUAAUUUAAUUUGGUUCAGCUUAAAUUUCUGAAAAAUCCUUCCAGUUGAAAUUUUUUAAUCUAGCCAGCGCGUUAACUGGUGAAAGGAUCAUAGCCUCUGACAAGUUCAGGAAAAGCCCUGGAUUUGUUGUUACUUGCCGAUAGUUUGGUUUACAAAGCAUGGGCAACGAAGGAAAAUUGACCCAUCCUUAUCAUUGUCACUCUGAGAAGUAAUGAUGUCGCAAUAUGGCCUCUCUCCUUAUCUAGCGCUUGAUGGCCUAACGCGUGGGGGGUCCGAUUCCAAAAGUUCCAAAGUUCUGAUUUUCUUGAUUUUCAAAAUUUUAGCUUCGAACAAAAAUAUAAUAUAUAUUCGACACACAAUGUUCUUUAAGAUAUGUGUGUGUCUCCUUAUAUUGUCGUGAGAAGUUUGGUUGCGCAGAAUAUUGUGAUAGAACCCGAGCUCAGCGUUGGGCCCAAUGAAGGCAUUCUUUAAUUGCGAGACGAGAAAAAAAAAUUAAAAUUGUGCCAACUCCUAUUUUGUAUAGCCCCCAGUUGGAUUGUUGAAAUCUGAUAAACGCAACCCUUAUAUCAAUUAGGUGGAAUAAAAGACGUGUCCCCUUUUGAGGGAGAAAUCAACCGAUUGAAACUUUUUAAUAAAGUUCCUCGUCGACUGCACAA